GGAGCGUCGUGGGGAGGAGGAGGAGGAGGAGGAGGUGUCUGCGGGGGUUCCAUCAUGGCGGCUUCCAUUUCGGGCUACACGUUCAGCUCUGUCUGCUACUACAGCGCCAACAGCAGCGCCGACCACGAAGGAUUCUUGUUGGGAGAGGUAAGACAAGAGGAAACCUUUAGCAUUAGUGACUUACAAAUCAGCAACACUGAAUUUUUGCAAGUAAUUGAAAUUCAUAAUCAUGAGCCUUGUUCCAAACUAUUUAGCUUUUACGAUUAUGCAGGUAAAGUCAAUGAAGAAAAUUUGGACAGAAUUCUUAAAGAGCGUAAAAAAAAUGUUAUUGGAUGGUACAGGUUUAGGAGAAACACUCAACAGCAAAUGUCAUAUAGAGAGCACAUCAUCCAUAAACAGCUGACACAGAUUCUUGGAGUGCCUGACCUUGUCUUCCUUCUCUUCAGUUUCAUCUCCACUGCUAAUAACUCAACGCAUGCGUUAGAAUAUGUUCUCUUUAGACCAAACAGAAGGUAUAAUCAAAGAGUUUCACUCACUAUUCCUAAUCUAGGCAACACAAGUCAGCAGGAAUACAAGGUUUCUUCAGUGCCGAAUACUUCCCAAAAUUAUACCAAAGUUAUUAAAGAACAUGGUACUGAUUUUUUUGAUAAAGAUGGUGUGAUGAAGGAUAUCAGGGCUAUAUAUCAGGUUUAUAACGCACUUCAGGAAAAAGUACAGGCAGUAUGCAUAGAUUUAGAGAAAAGUGAACGAGCUGUUGAAUCUUUCCAAGCAGAGGUGAAUAAGCUAAAAAGACAAAUCUCACAAAGGAAAAAUGAAAAGGAGCAGAAAAUAAGACUGCAACAGACCAUCUUAAGCAGACAAAUAUCAACUGAUAACUUGGAACCUAUAUUCAUCCCACGGAUGUCUCAUGCUGGAUUUGCUGUGGAAGGUAGUAAUCUUGAAGAAUCAGAUACCUCUGAUCCUCCUCCUCCUUAUGCUGACUUCAAUGUGAUCAAUCAUGACAGUGCCAUACGCCCUAAUGUUCUAGAAAAUAAUGUUUUUAUGCCGCGACCUCAAGCAGUGGGCUCUUCUAGUUACGUUUCCACAAAUACAGGAUUGAAGCAUUCAGGCAAUGGAACAUCCAUGUUGUCUUCUUCCCAAACAGCCUCCGGUGACAAUGUUAAUGAAUCAGAAGACAGUGACUGUGAGAAUUUGCUUGAACCUACAGAGUCAUCUGACAAUGAAUACGCACAGACGAGAGAUUCUCGACCUUUGACACAUGCAGAUGGUGAUUCGAGGAAUACUCAAAUCUCCCAGAUUUAAUAGAACAUGAGCUUAAUAUAGCACUAUCUUUCCUAAUUGUUAAAGAAAUAUUGUUACAAAAAUAUUUUGGGAUUUAACUCGGAGGAAAUGAGCUACAAAAGUGGAUUAUUGUGCACAGCAGAUGUAGAAGACUUGAACGUAGAUGGCUUAUUCACUUGGUGAUACAUUUUUGCAAGUUUUGUAAUGGGAUAUUUAGUAUAAUCAAACUGUACUAAUUAAUGAGAUUCAUGGAUGUACUGGUAAAUAAGCAAAGUGAAAUUGAAAAACAUGUAGCUUUCGUUGCCAAAUUCUUCAUAAGAAAAAUGGGAUUUUGCAACUAAGCACAGUCUAAUUAUCUCAAAUCAAAGCUUACCUCGUGCACUAUCAUGCCUUGAAUUUUAGGGGGAUUAUUUCUAAGAACUAUGAUUAUCUGGCUUUUUAAUUGUAAAGCCAAAUAGAUCAUCGCCAGGAAAAAAAAAACUUUGAUAAUUCCAAGAAGCCUGAUUGGAACAAAUAUGAACUAUCUUCUCUGCAUGGUCUUUUAAUAGAGAUGAGAUUUGUUUCAAUCUUUUUCUACUAGCCUAACGUGCAUCACUUAAAAUGAUGGUUGCCUUUUUAUGUAGGAAAAAUAAUUACCAGUAAAUCAUCAGUGAAUGUCUCAAGCAUAACUACUCUGAUCUUUGUGGAUUUAAAGUGACUUUGCCACACUAUCUUCAUUGUCUCAUUUUUGUUCAGAAAUAUGAAGAGCACAUAGCAGAAGGUGAUGUGGUCAGUUCUGUCAAUGUUUUGUGUUAGGACUCCACAAAUGCUGAAAAUUCACGCAACUUGCAAAAAAAUCCAGUUUCUAUAGAGAGAUUAAGUCAUGAGAAAUGGAAGAGGCUGUUUAGUAAAAUACCCUAGGGUUUCCUUUAAAAUUUAAGUAUCUUGGGGUGGGGGGAACCUUGUGAUUUUGGAGGCAUGAAGUAGAUUCUGUUCAAAGAAUGUUUGAAUGCACUUACGUUUUAUUUUAUGCUUGCAACAACAUUUGCCCAAAAGAUAUGAACCUGUGCCAUUAAGUAUCCAAUUAGGCUUUCCCCUCAGUUUACAGCAAACUCUUCAGUCUGUGACAAUGCAUCUUUGUCAUACAUAAUCCCACUCUUCAUUAAACUACCUUUAGAUAUCUGGUUGCCGAAGGCAAAAACCUCUGUUGCUAAACAAUCUCACACCUAUUUGUUAGCCUCUCUGUUGUAUGUAUUAAAUAAAACUCAAGUGGCUUUGAAAUAUGGUAAAAAUGUCUAUCUUCUUGGACAUUUGGGACUCUGUAAACAUUUCUGUUUUCAGUAUUUAACAUACUCUUUGGCCUUAACAUAAUGCAUUUUGUUUUUCAUUGCUGCGGUCUGUUUUAAUAAAAAUGUGUUUUGGUUUUAUUAAUUUUGGGUAUCUGCAAGCAACUGUAGUGCUGGUUUGUUAAUAAGUGCUGUUGCCAUCUCAUUGGUUAAUUCAAGAAAUUUUAUUUUUUAUCUUGCUCAGAAACCUUUAAUGUACAUCUCUGACAAAGCAGUUAAAUGUGACAAUAAAAUCUUAUUUAAUCCUU